AUGGAAACAAGAUCCGCAAAGAGAAGGAAACUAAUGCUGUUGCAGGUGAAUUCUAACGAAGAAGAAUAUGAAGAUGAAGAAGAAGAAGAACCCAAAGUGGAUCGAAUCAGCGACCUUCCAGAUCACAUCCUUCACUGCAUUCUUAAAUUACUACCAAUCAAAUCCGCAGCCCAAACCGCAAUCCUAUCAUCCAGAUGGAAGAACGUAUUUUCAAACAUACCCGAUCUUGAUUUCAGAACCCUUUUAACUUCAUCCAAAUGCAUGUGUAAAACCCAUCAAUAUUCGAUCAAAUUAAUCAUCACAGACCUCAAAUUCAUCAAACAAGUUCUUAAUCUCCGUCAAAAGAACUCAUCCAUCAGAACCCUCAAGUUAUCCGGUAGUAUAACCUUCACAGAUCUUCAUAACUUAUUCAAAUACGUCACAAGACACGACAUUCAAGAGCUAGACUUGGAUUUGAAAAUCAAAGAUCAUUUCAAUUUCCCCAGGAGUAUUAUCAAUUGUGAUUCUCUUAAGAUUUUAAGGUUAAGAUCAAGUUUUUAUGGGUUCAGGAUUUCACCUUCGUCAGUGAUUCGUUGCGGCAGAUUCAAAUCGCUUCAUACCUUGUCACUUUCUAUGAUCUUGUUCCAUGUUGAACCCACAUCGCCUGAUCUAUUCACUGAUUUGACUUUUCCAUGUUUGAAGAAUCUGUUAUUGGAUUGCUGUUACUGUCUUAAGGAACUCAAUAUUAGAUGUCGUGGGCUGGAGAAUUUGUUCAUAAUGAAUUGUAAUCAGCUUAAUAAGUUGGAUAUUGUUGGAUUGAAGUUGGAGAGAUUGAAUGUUGAUUGUUGUUUUAAUAAGUCUAGUAUGAACAACAAGGUUAUAAUUAAUGCUCCGAUCAUUAAGCAUGUGGAAUUGAUUUAUAAUGUUAUAAUUCAUACCAUUGUUAUGGACAAAUCCAUUCUUUUGGAGAGUACAGUUAUUAAUUUGUUUCUACUUCAGUUUGACAACAACCUUAUAGAGCCGGUAAAAAGACACAAUUUGUCUAAUAUGAUCAAUGCUUUCUCUCGUACCAAGUCUUUAACGCUCGAAUCCGGAUCUAUCGAGAUUCUCUCGAGAAAUGAUGCGGAUAAUAUUCUAGUAAAUAAAUUUGAGAGUUUAAAAAAAUUGGAAAUUGAGACUCAGUAUGAUCAGUUUAACGGAUACAACAACUAUCCAGCAAUUGCUACACUAUUCGAGAACUCUCCCUAUGUCGAAACUCUCGUCAUCACAACCAUGAAUAUUGAGAAGUUUCAAAGGAGGCCGUUACUAGACUUAAGGGAGUACACGACCCAGGUAGAAGAUAAAUACUGGGGUGAUCGAGUUCCAAAAAUGAAUUCUUUUUUUAAUCAUUUGAGGAUGUUUAAGUUUGAUGGGUUUUUGGAAUGCGACAAAGAUAUUAGUCUUGUAAUGUUCUUGAUCAAGCACGGAAAUGUUCUUGAAGAAGUGAUUUUGUGUCUAGGUAAGGGCAAAAAAAGACAAUUGGCUAGUAGAGAAAGGAUCAUGUCUAUGAUGAUGAGUUUCUCUUGGGCAUCUUCUAAAGGUAGGAUUGUAUUUGAAUGA